AUGCUGGCUUGGUGUUUCAGUGUGUAUGGGGUAAAUUGAAUUUUUGCAAAAAACACAGUAUGGGUGAAAACUGCAGGAGGACAGUGAACGCAGGUUUAAUGGACUGACACUCGACAGAGUAACUAAAAGUGUGUGUAGUCUAGACAGGGUCAACAAAUGAAGCCGAUAACUUUCUGUUGUCUCUAGCUUUUCCUGUAAUCACCCAUUUUAAAUGUCAACAUAGCUGAUUAUACAGCAGCUGUUGUCAUUAAUCUGUAUUUAUGCUGUUUUUACCAGAACAGUCCCAACCCAAUAAUGAUUUGGUCCAGGUGACCAAAUCCUUACCAGAUGUUAGCUGUGAUGCACAAUUUUGUUGUUUGCCAACUGAAAAGAGGGAGAAGAAAUGUAGCUGUUUUCCUGUUGUUCAGGCAUUAAACUGUAGACAGAGAUCUCCACAAAAACCACCUAAUUUGGAAAUGAAUCAAUUUCACAACAGUGUUUUCAAAUGUAGUUUCCUUAUGUAGAUGUUAUCUCAGUCAUUACCAACCAAACAUAUCACAUAAAUCUGAUUGGUAGAUGCCAUGAAAGACUUGAAUCACACAACACUUAACUGGUAUUUUGGAGUGUAAUGAACGUUGCAGCUUCUGAUCAGCCCUUUGGUAAAUACAAAAAGUAAAAUAUGUCCACUGCAUUUACACUGAGUUCAGCAUUUCUGUCACUGUUUAGUGAAGGAGGAGAGUGAAGGCUCCAGGUUACACCUCCAGAACCCCCAGAAUCCAAGUUGCCUUGCCACUAUCUGGAAACACUCACAUACUCACAGACAGUGGAGGAUGACAGACUAUCAGAAACAUCAAAAGCUAAAUAAAGCACUUUAAAAGAUGUCAUUUUAGAUAUCACAUCCUGGCAUGGAGACAGCAUGAAUAGAGGGUAUGAACAUGACAUCACCAUAUGCAAAAGUUGUCGUGUUUACUUCCUCUUCAAUGAAUGGCCACCAUGAAUUCACAUGAGGGAAAAAACACUGACGAAAUGGUAGAGCUGUUGUGCAAACUGACUGAACACAACAGAUUCAAAAAGAAUGGCUGAAGGCUAAAGGGAAGAGAAGCAAUGGUGCUUUGCACACCAAAUACACUUCCUGUAAAAAAGGAAACACGUGGUCCAGACUUAUGCUGGUAGUCAGACCUGUCCUCACACAACCAGAAUACGCUCCCAAGUGUGGGUGAUUGUGAUCAGGCCGAUAAGUUCUGCUUUAAAAGUGAAUCAGGCAUCUACACUUCUUCAGGCCUUGUUCAGUGUGAUGAUACUUAUGCUACAGCUGUGCAGUGAGCUAAACACACCUUCAGUAAAAUGAGGACACUGAUUACCAAAUCAAUCAAAUGAUAGUGAUUACAAAUCAGAAAACAAUGACAUACCAUAAACAAGAGCUAGACCAAAAGUAUUGUAAAAUGAAUCAGUAACAAGGAAACAGGCUUCAUUUACCUAAAAACUGGUUGUCAAAUUAGUUACAUUGUUCUUUAUUCCAGGAAGAAACAAAGUGAAACACUUGUGAAAGAUCAAGUUUAAGGCUCCAUAGGAAGUACAACACAGUACUUAAUCUAGUGAACAUACACAUAGAGUCCACAAGAGUAAAAGUAAAAGAAGUAAAAUAUGUGAAAUUUAUCCCGACAGUAAUUCAUCACUAAGUAAGUUACUGAGAAUGCAGCAUCAGUAGCUCCAGAUAGCUAGGAGUGGCUAACUUGGUUAGCACUAUGCUGAUCAUAGAAAAAACUAAAUUUUACCAAAUCACAUGUCAGCAAUCACAGCUGUAAUACAGUAUAUACAGAUAAUCCUCCAGCAAUGGCACGUAGGGAGUCAGUAAAAGCUUCUUGUCAAUAUUUGGUUUGACAGAGUUCUGACAAAACAUAUGAGCCAUGUCCGAAAUCACUCCCUCGUUCACUCAGUCACUUCUCCCUCUAUAAUAGACACUCAAUAGUUUAAACUAUAGUAAGUAGUAACUUGAGAUUUUGGACCCUUAUCAUCAUCAUUCAUCGUCAUGCAUCAUCACUGACAGUUUUUUAGUCACUGACGGCUGUUUGUAUCUAUGAAAUGUGCAGCAUUGCAUUGUUACAUACUGUACAUGUCAUGGACACAACUUUUUUGUUCCACUCACUGUGCGCCACAGUCAGAAAAGUCUUUUCAGUUGGAGCUCUUCUUCAGUUUAGCUCAGCAUGAAACCCUUCAAGUUCAAUAAAUUUGAUAAAAAAAAGUUCAAGGUACAAGCUUGUGUACAUAAAAAUUUGGUGGGAGAAGGCAACUAAGACAUUUUGUCAAGUAGAAGACAGUCAGUAAUCCCAAGGGGAAAGUGCAGUGUUGUAGCAUUCACUUAAUCACAAAAAACAAUGAGGUAGGUAAGAAAAUAUACAAUUAAAGAAAUAAAAAUAAAUUGAAAUAAAUAAAUAAAAGAUGAAAUAGUCACCAAAGAUAGAUCCAUAGCUAUACUAUGUUCUGAAUAUAAACCGAAACUAAAGAUUAUACUGUUGAGAAACUCAAUGACUAAGUAUUUUAAAUACCCUACCAGUAAACAGUAAAUGUAGUGCUUUAUAUAGUAAAUAGUGAUUCUGGACACAGUCAGGGUGUAACAGCGUCACUUAAACUGCCAUAGAUCGGUGUAAGCAACACAAUGGUCAACUGAAAUACAUACAUAUAAAUGUUCUCAACUAUUUCUUGCCACAAUUCCACAUCCAUAGAGAGUUGUCUGUCUGGUACUUUUUACUGAUGAGGUAGCCAUUUGUUUUUUCAAGAUGUUUUGUAGGGGUGGGCAAUGCCACAUGUUAACAUAUACACUUACAGCUUGCCUCAUUACGUCCGCACUUACUGAUUGAUAGGGCCAGGCCCUGUCUUUCAUGUCCAAUCCCUACGCUAACCACACCCCACUGACACAGUUUGCAUUGACAUUCAAGUAUGUUCUCUAAAGAGUUUAUUAUAUAUAGCAUUUCCUUUUGUGUUUCUUUUGGGCUAGGUGUUCAUCUGGUUGCAAACGUCAUGUCUAUUUUACAGGCAGCUAUGCUUUAUUGUUGGAGUAUUACACCAUACUUAAUGACUUGGCAUAGCUGUGUGGUGUACAUCACCAAUCUUAUCUUAUGGUUUAUUAAACCUGCUCUUGGUCAGAUGAGCGAUUAAUAUCCAGUCACAAGGUUUCCUAGCAGCUUGUCAUGUUGGUUUAAAAAAUAAGUGAUGAGCUCCACUGCAGCAGUGAUGUAUCUUCUGGUGAAUCAUGUUUUUAUCCUGGCUGUGCCUCUUACUAUUAAACAUUAUACUGAAACUGAUUUGGUUGCAGCGUAAUGUCCUGAAAUAGGUCCGCCUGGCUCAAUAGGCUGCCAUUAAUAAAUAGGACUGUCAACAGCCACAGAGAGGAAAUCAGACCAGCACUGACUGUUACAUGAAGUAUCAUAUAACAGGUGUCAUGUCACUGUCAAAGCAAUCCCAGUUCUUUCUCAUUCUUAUCCAUCUACUUUAAAAGCAAAAAAAACAUUUGAUUUCUUUAGUUGUACUUCUGCAUUAACUAAGUUUGAUGACUUCUGCAGUUGACAUUCACUCUCCUGCUUAUUUUAGCAUGCUAUGGAGAUUUUAUUGUGUGCUAUUCUAUUUUACAGCACAGCCCUUAGUUUGUAUCAAAAUUAUGUUGAAAGUCAUUCCCUUUGAUUUCCUGUAAUUCAAUAGCAGUGGGUAAAAAUAUUUGUGGGGGCACAGAGCAGCAGAAACAUUAGAAGCAGAGCUGCAGCAGGAAGUGGAGACUUGAGUGAGUGGCCUUAGGCAGAUGUAACAGUUUGCCAGAGCUUCAGUCUAAGAUGCCACGUAAAGAGCUAACAUGUUGUUGUUUUUUUUCCACAUGUGGUAAACAGGAGUGAGGCGGCUGGAAAAGACAAGCUGUUAAAUAUUAAUCUGACUGGAACUCAGGAGGUACAGUUAACUAGCAGCUGCUAAGCUAAUGUUGUAAAGCAGGUCAGCAGUGGAAACUCUGUCCUUUUAAGUUUUAGUGUAAUUUUGUUUUCCGUAUAGUGUUUAAGCACCUUAAAGGGGCUAACCUCUGGGAAUGCUCUAGUUUCAAAGGUCGUUUGUUUGGGUCAUGUCUCCAAACAGAACCACUGACCUCCUCUGACUAAAAGCUGAGAUCAGCCUGGAGAGGAAUGUAGGUUGUCACCAGAGCUAUUUUGGCAAUGUACAGCCGCUAAUGAUUGUGAUCACAGAGCAGAGCUCGGAGCAGUUGCUUUGCUUUCCUUUUUUCCUACCAGCAAGUUUGAUCAUGCAGCUCUCACUGGCGCUGCGGGGAUUAGAGAGUUAAACGAAUGGCACGUCGGCUCCGCUUGCAUUUUGCGUCAAGGAGAAGCAACACGGACCCUCUGUCAGAAAGCCUCAGCAGCCAUGGUGAAGACAGUGGAGUCAGUGUGUCAGCUCGUAGCCCCACAGAGAGUCUGGCGCACAGUUCUGUCCACUUGAAGGUGACUCCUCUGUCACCAGACUAUGCUAAUUUACAACGGUACUCUUCAGUAUUCAUACCCAGAGUUAACACUGGAGGAUGCAAUAAGAAGCGCGUUCUGCAGAUCUCGCUGCAGCCUUGUGGUAACCUCAGUGGAGAGCUGAAUGGCAGUAUAGAGGAUGGAGACCAGGGAGUUAGUGAAGGAGGAGCAGGUACUGGCUCUGAUGGAGGUUCAUGCAGCAGCAGCAUGGCCAGCGAUGCCGGGUACUGUAGCAGCAACAGCAUCUUUGAGCCAGAGGCUCCAGAAAAGCACAGGACCACCCAGGAGAGGAGUCUACCCUGCUGCAAGUCCAAGGUCCCACUGAGAAGGUGUUCCUCCUUGGUUAUAUUUCCAAAGAGCCCCUGCAGCACCCCACCUGCUUCCCCAGUAAGUCCAGUGGCUCUACCUGCUCUCCCACCAGCGAGGGGGUCGCAUCAGUCUUCUCUUCAAACAUCUGCCAGUGAAUUCAAUUCACAAGAUGAUGAGGAAGUGACUUGCAAAGGGUCCACCACCACGGCAGUAAGUGGCCAUCGUCUCCCAAAAGGAAGCUGUUCAGCCGGGGACACCAAGCACAUGGUGCAAUUUAAUAUUCCUUUACAGGAUGAACCAAAAUGCAAAAUGGAGGACAGGAGUAAAGUAAUGGAACUGUCAUCAACUCUAGACAGAUCUAAUCGUCACUCUAGCAGCGUGCUGCUGCACUUCGCCCACCAGAGACCAAUGAUAUCCGGGAAGGGAUCUACAACCACAGCUACAGUCAAUAUGGAAUAUCCUGAGGCUCCUAACCCAGCCGCACAACCUGAGGGUGUACAUGAACCUCACAAAAAACUGUAUCGUAGUACCUCUGCUUGUUUGUUUUCCUCAACCAAACCAUCAGAGAAAAACCAUAAGGUCUGUUCAUAUAGAAAAAGCCAGGAAAGGGCUGAGCAAAACCACUGUCACCAUGCCAUACAAAGGAGCUUUUCCCUGGAGGUGCCCUACCCUAACACUGGAAUUUCAUGUCACGUUUCGAAUCCAAAACUCAGUAGCCCCUGCUCUCCACAUGUGCACAUUCAUUUGUCUCCUUGUUGCCCAGCUAAGUUGCCAAGCUCUGUUACUGAUUUAACCACAAGCCACAAAGUGAAUAAUACACCAAAGAGCCCAGGUCAAACCACCAAGGUGAGUGUUAAGUUUUUUAAUUGGAAUUAGUUGCCUGACCAUCAUGAAUGAGCUGGAAACCCUGAAAUUCAACAAUGUCUUUAGAGGAAAACCGCUCUAAAAUAAGUUUGUUUUUUUUCCAAGAUACAUGACACAUAAAGGCUUGUUUAACUGGUUCAAGUAGAUUCCAUGCUGCUCUGGUUUGAGUGCUCAGGUGCUGUCACUUGACUGUUUUGAAUACUACAAAUAAUUAAUCUAUUAAUGCAGGUGCUAUGCUUAAUUCUGCAUCUUUGGUUUAUUGUUGCUAAA